CGCCCGCCCCGCCCCGCCCCGGGAGUGCGCGAGGCGCUCCGCUACCAUUUGCUGCGGCCGCUGGGCGCCGAGGGCAGCGGUGGCGGCGCGGACCGACCCCGGGGACCGGCAGCGACCCGGCGCCUGAGAACCGGGCCGGAGCGCGGGGAGGCAGCGGGCCCGGGAGGCCGCGUCCAUGGGCCCGCGGCGGCCGGUUGGCGGCUGUGCGGGCGGGCGGCGGGGACCGCGCGCUGUGUGAGGGCCCGGGCGCGGGGCUCGGCGCCGAGGUGCCCCGGCGCGCCGUGCAGCGCCGCUCCGUCGUGCGAGGAGAGGCCCGGCCAGUAUCCCGGCGUCCGUGAGGCCGCCCUGACCGCCGGGGGGCGCGCUCCGGCCGCGGCCGGGCCUGCGUCCGCGGCCCGGCUGUGAGGCGGCCGGCCGGCGGGGGCAUGCCGCGGCGUCCGCGCUGAGCCCGGCUUGAGCCCGCCCCGGGCCCGCCGUGCAUGGUGCCGCCGCCCGCCCGCCAGCCGCCGUCCGCCGUCCGCCGCGGAGCGCGCGCCGGGCCGGGCCGGGCCGCCGGGCCUGUGCCGCUGCCGCGCCGACCAUGUCGGCGGCCAAGGAGAACCCGUGCAGGAAAUUCCAGGCCAACAUCUUCAACAAGAGCAAGUGUCAGAACUGCUUUAAGCCCCGCGAAUCGCAUCUCCUCAACGACGAGGACUUGACGCAGGCAAAACCUAUUUAUGGUGGCUGGCUGCUCCUGGCUCCCGAUGGGACUGACUUUGACAACCCAGUGCAUCGGUCUCGGAAAUGGCAGCGGCGGUUCUUCAUCCUCUACGAGCACGGCCUCUUGCGCUACGCCCUGGAUGAGAUGCCCACAACCCUGCCUCAGGGCACCAUCAACAUGAACCAGUGCACAGACGUGGUGGAUGGGGAGGGCCGGACAGGUCAGAAGUUCUCCUUGUGCAUUCUGACCCCUGAGAAGGAACAUUUCAUCCGGGCGGAAACCAAGGAGAUCAUCAGCGGAUGGCUAGAGAUGCUCAUGGUCUAUCCCAGGACCAAUAAGCAGAACCAAAAGAAGAAGCGGAAGGUGGAGCCUCCCACACCACAGGAACCAGGGCCAGCCAAGGUGGCUGUCACUAGCAGCAGCAGUAGCAGCAGUAUUCCCAGUGCCGAGAAGGUCCCCACCACCAAGUCUACACUCUGGCAGGAAGAAAUGAGGGCCAAGGACCAGCCUGAUGGGAGCAGCCUCAGUCCCGCUCAGAGUCCCAGCCCGAGCCAGCCUCCUGCUGCCAGCACCCUGAGGGAACCUGGGCUGGAGAGCAAAGAUGAGGAGAGCACCAUGAGCAGCGACCGCAUGGAUUGUGGCCGCAAAGUCCGGGUAGAGAGCGGCUACUUCUCCCUGGAGAAGACCAAGCAGGACUUGAAGGCCGAAGAGCAGCAGCUGCCCCCGCCACUCUCCCCUCCCAGCCCCAGCACCCCCAACAACAGGUAUAGUGGCCCCGGACCGCCCUCCCAGGAGCUUGGUCAUCCUCUUCCUUCCCCAGGUUCUCGAACCCCCAGCCGAAUGGUCUGCAGCAGCUCUCUUGGCUCCCUGGACGUGGCCAGCCGGCCCCCCACCCACAUGGACUCCGACAGCGCUGGGGGGCGGGGAACAGAGAGACCGGGGCGCACCUUUGCCUUUAAAGCCAGCAGGCAGUAUGCCGCCCUGGCCGACGUCCCUAAGGCCGUCAGGAUCAGCCACCGAGAAGCCUUCCAGGUGGAGAGAAGGCGGCUGGAGCGUAGGACUCGGGCCCGGAGCCCUGGCAGGGAAGAGGUGGCCCGUCUGUUUGGCAACGAGAGGAGGAGGUCCCAGGUCAUUGAGAAGUUUGAGGCCUUGGACAUUGAGAAGGCAGAGCACAUGGAGACGAACUCGUCAGCCGGGCCCUCACCAUCAAGUGACACACGCCAGGGUCGCAGUGAGAAGAGGGCGUUUCCCCGGAAACGGGACCUCCCCAGCGAAGCCCCCACAGCGCCUCUCCCGGACACCUCGGCCUCCCCCCUGUCUCCACACCGAAGAGCCAAGUCACUGGACAGGAGGUCCACGGAGUCCUCCCUGACGCCCGACCUGCUGAAUUUCAAGAAAGGCUGGCUGACCAAGCAGUACGAGGACGGCCAGUGGAAGAAACACUGGUUUGUCCUCGCUGAUCAAAGUCUGAGAUACUACAGGGACUCGGCAGCUGAGGAGGCGGCUGACUUGGACGGGGAAAUUGACUUGUCUACAUGUUACGACGUCACCGAGUAUCCAGUCCAGAGAAACUAUGGCUUCCAGAUACAUACGAAGGAGGGCGAAUUCACUCUCUCUGCCAUGACAUCUGGAAUUCGGCGGAAUUGGAUCCAGACCAUCAUGAAGCAUGUCCAUCCAACCUCUGCCCCAGACGUCACGAGCUCACUGCCAGAGGAAAAGAACCGGAGCAGCUCCUCUUUUGAGACCUGCCUGAGGCCGAGUGAGAAGCCUGAGGGAGAGCGUGGAGAGCCAGACCCCGAGCAGAAGAGGAGCCGGGCUAGGGAGCGGAGGCGGGAGGGCCGCUCUAAGACCUUUGAUUGGGCUGAGUUCCGCCCUAUCCAGCAGGCCCUGGCUCAGGAGAGGGCCAGUGCCACUGGGGCUUCUGAUGCCCACCCCGAGGCUGAGGCCGGCGAGCUGGAGCGGGAGCGAGCACGGCGGCGGGAAGAGCGCCGUAAGCGCUUUGGGAUGCUCGAUGCUACAGACGGGCCGGCGGCAGACGACAUGGCCCUGCGGAUGGAGGUUGACCGCAGCCCAGGGCUGCCUGUGACCGCUGACCUCAAGACACAGAACGUCCACGUGGAGAUCGAGCAGCGGUGGCAUCAGGUGGAGACCACUCCUCUCCGGGAAGAAAAGCAGGUGCCCAUUGCCCCCCUGCACCUGUCCUCCUCCGAGGAUGGAAGUGACCGGCUUUCCACUCACGAGCUGACCUCUCUGCUGGAGAAGGAGUUGGAGCAGAGCCAGAAGGAGGCCUCCGACCUUCUGGAGCAGAACCGGCUCCUGCAGGACCAGCUGAGGGUGGCUCUGGGCCGGGAGCAGAGCGCCCGGGAGGGCUACGUGUUGCAGACUGAAGUGGCCACCUCCCCAUCCGGUGCCUGGCAGAGGCUCCAUAGAGUCAACCAGGAUCUGCAAAGCGAGCUGGAGGCCCAGUGCCAGCGCCAGGAGCUGGUCACGCAGCAGAUCCAGUCCCUGAAGCGCAGCUACGGGGAGGCCAAGGACGCGAUCCGGCACCAUGAGGCCGAGAUCCGGAGCCUCCAGGCGAGGCUCAGCAAUGCCGCCGCCGAGCUCGCCAUCAAGGAGCAGGCGCUGGCCAAGCUCAAGGGUGACCUGAAACUGGAGAAGGACAAGGUCCGGGAGCAGCUGGAGGAAUGGCAGCACAGCGAGGCCGCACUGAGCGGGCAGCUGCAGGCCAGCGAGCAGAAGCUCAAGAGCGCUGAGGCCCUGCUGCUGGAAAAGACGCAGGAGCUGCGGGACCUGGAGACUCAGCAGGCGCUACAGAGGGACCGGCAGAAGGAGGUGCAGAGGCUGCAGGAGCGCAUCGCUGACCUCAGCCAGCAGCUCGGCGCCAGCGAGCAGGCCCAGAGGCUGAUGGAGGAGAAGCUGCAGAGGAACUACGAGCUGCUGCUGGAGAGCUGCGAGAAGGAGAAGCAGGUGCUGCUGCAGAACCUGAAGGAGGUGGAGGACAAGGCCAGCGCCUAUGAGGACCAGCUCCAGGACCACGAGCAGCAGAUGGAGGUCCUCCAGAAGGAGAAGCUGAGCGCCAAGUGCGAGGGCAGCGAGGUGGUCCACCAGCUGGAGGAGCAGCUGGAGAUGAAGGAGGCCAGCAUCCAAAAGCUGGCCGAGCACGUCCAGAGCCUCAGAGAUGAGCGGGACCUGAUCAGGCAGCGGUUCCAAGAGCUGAUGGAUCGUGUCGCCCUGUCUGAUGGGGACAUGGCCGAGCUUCAGGAGAAGCUGAGGGGAAGGGAGGCUGACUACCAGAGCUUGGAGCACUCCUAUAGGAGGGUGGCCGGCCAGCUCCAGAGCAUGCACACGCUGCUGAAGGAAAAGGAGGAAGAGCUAAAGUGCAUCAAGGAGAUGCACGAGAAGGUUCUGGAAAAGAAAGACCAGGACCUCAAUGAGGCUUUGGUUAAAAUGGUUGCCUUGGGGAGCAGCUUAGAGGAAACAGAAAUGAAGCUCCAGGCAAAGGAAGAAAUUUUAAGGAGAUUUGUAAAGGAGUCUUCAGAGGACGUGGAGGAGCCACGGAGUUGCCCGGAAGAGGCAGAGGACGGCACCAUGCUGUCGGGCCUGCAGCUCCAAGCUGCUGGCACACCCCCAGCCUUCCCACAUCCCAGGCUCGAGGAUGAGGCCCCAGGGGUGGCCCUAGGGGAGGAGUGUGGCAGUGGCAGCCCCCAGAGAGAAGAGAGCAUGGGCUCUCUGAAGUCAGAGGUGCCGGACAGGGAGGGACACCCUCCAAGCACAGCAAAACCUGACCAGGGAGUUUCUGGUGUCAAAAGGCAAAGGAUCCGGUUCUCCACGAUUCAGUGCCAAAAAUACACGCAUCCCGAUGGGUCCGAGAAGACCUGGACCAGCAGCACGUCCUCUGACACCAGCCAGGACCGCUCGCCCUCAGAGGAGAGCAUGUCGUCAGAGGCCACCCCCAGCUCUCUCCCUGCGACCAGCGACUCCGACACGUAUCUCUCCAUAAUACACUCCCUGGAGACCAAGCUCUACAUCACGGAGGAGAAGCUCAAGGAUGUGACAGUGAAGCUGGAGAGUCAGCAGGGCCAGAGCCAAGAGGCCCUGCUCGCACUGCACCAGCAGUGGGCCGGCACCGAGGCGCGGCUCCGCGAGCAGCUCCGCGCCAGCCUGCUGCAGGUCGGAGCACUGGCCUCCCAGCUGGAACAGGAGAGACAGCUGAGGGCCCAGCUCGUUGACAGUCACGUCGGGGAGCUCGGCGACUUCCAGGUGAAAAACAGCCAGGCUCUAGCUUGCUUAGAAAACUGCCGAGAACAGCUGCGAUCCCUGCCAGCGGCCAGCCCAGAGGAUGCGCAGGACGUGGGCGCGGGCCCCCUGGCCAGCGUGGAGAGUGCACUCAUCAGCGCUAUCCAGGCCCCGAGCCCCUGGCCAGCUCCUGUGGACAGCGGGGCCCAGGCCCAGCCAGACGAAGCUCAUUUCGUGGAGCUAGGGAAGGCGAUCUCGCAGCCGCUGCUCCGGCCCGAACUGACCGAGCAGGAGCAGCUGAAGCUCCUUUCCCAUCAGAUAGCUCUGGAAGCCUCACUGAUAAACCAAAUAGCAGACUCCUUAAAAAACACAACAUCAGAUAUCUCACGCGUUCUCCACGAGAUUUCUCAGUCAGGAAAGUGGCCUGUGGAAUCUGAAAGUGCUGCUCUCUGCCCUAGGGCCCCAGCGGACACCUGGGCUAAGAAGGUGCUGGUAGAUGGCGAAUUCUGGAGCCAGGUCGAGUCCCUGAGUAAGCACCUGGGAACGCUGGGUGGAGAGGCUGCCGGCACAGCGGGAGGCGGGCAGCAGAGUGUCCCACCAGCCCUGGUCCCUGCCCUGGCCGAUGCCACAUGGGUCAGGGCAGAGCUCAGCUUCGCACUGCAGUCAGUGAGGGAGUCCUUCCACCGACGGUUGCAGAGCAUCCAGGAGACCCUCCAGGGCACCCAAGUGGCCCUGCGGCAGCACAAGCGCGUGCUAGGGGACAUCCUGGGAGCCUACCGUACCCCCGACUUUGAGAGAGUGAUGCAGCAGGUCUCAGAAGCCCUCAAGCUUCCCGCAGGCAUUGAAGGAGGCAUGCAGGCAUCCUGGGACCCAAGCCCAUUAGGAGAAGUACUGACACCUCAGGAAGCCGCCAGCUCCCGGGAGCCCUUCUUCAUGUCCGACCAGAGCUCUGGAGCCCUUGUUGCUAUUCAGGAAGAACUCGCCCUGCAGCUCAAAGAUAAGGCCAGCCUCUUGGGGGAGAUAUCUGCCGCUUUAACCUCACUUCCCCCUGUGGAGUCGGUCAGAGAUUGUCAGAAGCUUCUCCAGGCGUCCCAGAAUCUCUCCUAUAACACUUACCUGGGAGGCCUUGGUCAGUAUUCUUCAUUAUUAGUUCAGGAUGCAAUUAUUCAGGCACAGGUAUGUUACGCAGCCUGCAAAAUCCGGCUGGAGUAUGAAAAGGAGCUCCGGUGCUACAAGGAGUCCUGGCAGAGCACGGGGGCCUCCUGUCAGGAGCACGAGCAAGCCAUCGGGGCCCUGAGGGAGGAGUACGAGGACCUUCUCCGGAAGCAGAAGAGUGAGUACCUGGAAGUGAUUGCCAUUGUUGAGAGGGAAAAUGCCGAGCUCAAGGCUAAGGUCACCCAGCUGGGCCAUCAGCAGAGGCAUCUGGAAGAAGUGGAAAGCAAGCACAGUGAGAAUAUGUUCGCCCUGCAGGGGAGGUAUGAGGAAGAGAUCAGGUGUGUGGUGGAGCAGCUGAACCGAGCAGGGGACACGCUGCAGGCCGAGCACAGCAGGGUCCUGAGCCAGCUGGAUGCCUCGGUCAGAGACCGGCAGGACAUGGAGCGACACCACGUGGAGCAGAUGCAGAGCCUGGAGGACAAGUUCCAGCUCAAGAUCAAAGAGCUGCAGACCAUCCACGAGGAGGAGCUGCGGACCUUGCAGGAGCACUACUCACAAAGCUUGCGGGGUCUGCAGGAGGCCCUGCGCCACUACCAGCACCAGCUGCCCGGAGCCCCACCGGCCUCCGGGCCCCCGGGAAGCCCCCAUCAGUGCCCCUCCUCCAGCUGGCCCGCCAGCCAGGCCCGGGGGGCUCUGCAGGCCACCAAGGGAGAGGCCGACUCCAUGACGGGGCUGAGGGAGCGUAUCCAGGAGCUGGAGGCCCAGAUGGACAUCAUGCGGGAGGAGCUGGAGCACAAGGAUCUGGAGGGCGAUGCAGCCACGCUGCGGGAGAAGUACCAGAAGGACUUUGAGAACCUUAAGGCCACAUGCGAGCGAGGGUUUGCAGCCAUGGAAGAAACGCACCAGAAGAAGAUUGAGGACCUGCAGAGGCAGCACCAGCGGGAGCUGGAAAAGCUUCGAGAGGAGAAGGAUCGUCUCCUAGCCGAGGAGACGGCAGCCACUAUCUCAGCCAUUGAAGCCAUGAAAAAUGCCCACCGGGAGGAGAUGGAGCGCGAGUUGGAGAAGAGCCAGAGGUCCCAGAUCAGCAGCAUCAAUUCCGACAUCGAGGCCCUACGACGACAGUACCUGGAGGAGUUGCAAUCAGUGCAGCGGGAGCUGGAGGUCCUCUCGGAGCAGUACUCCCAGAAGUGCCUGGAGAAUGCCCACCUGGCCCAGGCGCUGGAGGCUGAGCGCCAGGCCCUACGGCAAUGCCAGCGUGAGAACCAGGAGCUCAACGCCCACAAUCAGGAGCUGAACAACCGCCUGGCUGCGGAGAUUGCACGGUUACGGACGCUGCUGACCGGGGACGCGGGCGGAGAGGCUGCUGGCUCCCCGCUCACACAGGGCAAGGAUGCCUAUGAGUUAGAGGUCUUACUGCGGGUCAAGGAGUCAGAAAUACAGUACCUGAAGCAGGAGAUCAGCUCUCUCAAAGAUGAGCUACAGACGGCAUUGCGGGACAAGAAGUAUGCUAGUGACAAGUACAAGGACAUCUACACAGAGCUCAGUAUUGUGAGGGCAAAGGCCGACUGUGAUAUCAGCAGGUUGAAAGAGCAGCUGAAAGCAGCAACGGAAGCACUGGGUGAAAAAUCCCCGGAAAACACCCCCGUGUCAGGAUACGAUAUAAUGAAAUCUAAAAGCAACCCUGACUUCUUAAAGAAAGACAGAUCCUGUGUCAGCCGGCAGCUCCGAAACAUCAGGUCCAAGAGUCUGAAGGAAGGCCUGACGGUGCAAGAACGCUUGAAGCUCUUUGAAUCCAGGGACUUGAAGAAAGACUAGCCGCGUCCCGUUCCACUUGAACACACACCCCUCCCAGCCUGCGGCAGCACUACCCAAGCGCUGCUUUUUGUCUGUACCUUUAUUUUUUAUUAUUAUUAUUGUUGUUGUUAUGUUGUCAUCAUUAACUGUGGGUAUGGAUGCAUGAGAGACUGGUCUAUGGGUUGUUCACACCGUUCCCUGCUGUGUUGAUUCCAGCUUCCUACGUCUUUGUCAAAGCUUUUUUUCCAUGGUAUUCUCAAACUAGCCAAGCAGCGGGGGCCAGGAGGGCCGUCCGCUCCCGGCCAGGGUCUGCGCAGAGCCCCCGCCCACCGCUGUCCACCGCACUCACUGUCAGUAUUAAGGCCCAGCAGCCUGUCGAUAAGCUAGCUCGUUCCGCCGGUGCAGGGUGCGGAGUCGGCGAGGGCGGCUCUCGCUGGGCUGUGUGUGGGCCCCGCAGGGAGAGAGCAGGGCAUCAGGUGGCCGCGCCAACCACUCGCGCGCCUUCGGGAGGAGCUGGAGGAGCAGGUGGGGGGCGUGGCUCGGAACCUGCAAUUCACUGCCUCCGGCUUGGGAGGACAGCACUUUGUACUCGUCCCACUACUUCAGCUUAGAGCCACACCCCAGGUCAUCGUGGGGAACCUUUCACGACCUGGAAAAUGUCGAAAGCAGCCAUUCCUAUUUUUGUUUGUUUUUUAUUAAAUCUUGCACAAAAUCCCGGCCCCUCUCAUUCCUUCCUACGCUCGUUGCUUUCUUGGUCACUGGCAGCCCUGCUCUCUCCGUAAAGAUUUGCGAGUGUUGCCCUGCGGCCCCAGGGUUUCAGACGGAGCUUGCAAACAGUGAUGAACUCGGUCCUUGAGGGGGAAGCCUGCUCAGGUGCUGAGCCUUUCUGAAAGAAACCUCCACAUUGCUUUUGAGAAGGUUGAGUGAAGACCCCUAUGUUAAGUCAAGAAGAAAGUAGAGAGGAUGUUGGAAUCAGAUAAAAACUGCCCUUAUUACCUGUUUUUAACUCUAACCUGAGCUCUGAAAAGUUCUCUUGCAGCGUUCAGAGAGCCCAGAGUAAACGUAAACCAAGAGAGUUGCUUUUUCUACUAGUUGGAGUGAGACCUUGGAACUGUCAGGAAAUGCUGCAGUGGUUCUCAGGAGUCUCCUGCCCCGGGAUUUCCGUCGUGGCCCCAGGAAGACCAGCAGUCUUGUUAAGACAAGCAGCCCAGGCAAAUGGCAGCAGUGCCGAGGCUUUCAGGGUGGGCAAGAAGCAUCUGCAGAGUGAGCGGGGGUUCUAUUCUGGUCUCGCUGUGUCAGCGCUUCUGUUAGGUCUGCGGGCCCUGGAAAAGGCAGCGUGCCCUAUCUCUAGAUUCAGUUAAGGCCAGGGUCACCCGGGAAAGCCCUGGCAGGGCCUGGGGCAUGCCCUCUUCUCACUGGAAUAAUCUCUGAGCUCCCCCUGGCACCAAGCCUUUCCCUCAGCAGCUUCCAGACUCUUAACCCACACCUGUCACUCCUUGGCUGCUUUUCUCCCAUGUUUU